AUGGCAUUUGACUUCGACCCUCAUAUUCGCCGGGGACACACUAUCGUGUUCGCCUUCAUCAUUGUGUUUGCCAUCAUCGAGCUCUCCAUCUCGGCUUGGCUGACCGCCCGGUACAACUCGCACCACAACUUCCCCACUUCUGCCAUUCGUGACCGCACACGCUUCAUUCUCUUUGCGUCGUCCUGGACCGUGCUGUUCUCGUCGCUCUACCUCAUCCUCUUCUUGCACUCCCCGUCGGGCUCCAUCCUCACGAGCGUGCUCAGCCAUGCGAUCUUCCUGUUCAUGACGUGGGUCUUCUGGCUUGCGGGAGCAGCUGCGAUCACACAGGCCCUGGGUGGUGGACUGAGCUGCGGGAAAUUUGACCAUGUCACAUACUGUGGUCAGUUGAACGCCCUGGAAGGUUUCGCCUGGGUACUUUUUAUCGUGACAUUCUUUGCCCUGUUCAUCGUCUUCCUACGUGGUAUCUCUGCCACGCGUCGUGGCGACGGGCUGCGCGGUCAGCUCAUUGCGUGA